AUGGAAUGGGCCAUCUGCAGAUAUGAGGUUGACAAGAUGUGCCAGGAGCAGCCGUUUGUCUGCCCUCCAUGCACUCCCGAAAUUCUUGCUGUAGCAGUGGAUGGCAAUCGCAAGCAUUAUCUUUCAAGAAGGCAGGGAGGUGUUUUCCUUUGCGAGGACAGCAAGGUGUCAGAGUUUGUAGACCAUGUCCACAAGGCCACCAAGCAUGUUUCCGGAAAGGGUGUCUGUGGUGGGGCUGAAUUUGCUGCUGCUAAGGAGAUCUCGAGAAAAUCUAGCAGCAAGCUUGAUGAAGAGGGCAUUGAGCUUGCUGUCUGCAGGCAUGAUCAAAUGGUGUGGGGGGUCCAGGAGAAUGCUGCCUGCACCCUGGGAGAAGAAGUGGAGCAGGCUAACGCCUUCCUCUUCAGGAUCGCCAUUUCCACAAAAUAUACGUCAAAAGCUGCACGCACUGACAUGAUCACACUCUUGUGCAUGGGAUGGAACCAAGCCAAGGUCCAGCACAUGAGCUCCUACCUCAGCAGACGAUUCCUGAAGACCAAGCAAAGUCUGCAACAACAAAAAGACAGCCUGGAGGCCUUAACGACAGAGCUGUCAGUCGACAACUCCACAAUCCUGCAGUGGGUGACCGAUGUUCAGGGGUGGGCUGAGAGUGCACCAGUGGAGGACAGUGAUGCACCUGUGGAGUUGCAGAAGAAGAUGGAGGAAAUGUCUGCCAGCAUCAGGCAGAGAACACAUCUAGGACACAUGUCUAUGUUAAUGUUUUUCAGACAAAAACAAGGGUCGCCAUAG